GUGUCCCCCUCUGGGUGGGGGCCCGGGGGGUGGAGUUUGACUGGAGGCACCUCCAGAUGGGGCUGGACUCCAACAUCAGCCUGGUCCGCCAUGUUGCCGCGGCCGCUCUCCUUUGGGCCUCGGGGCGCCACGACCUCCCCUCCCCCCUGCGGCUGCCCCUGGGGGGGCUCCUGGCGGCCGCCGCCUACGAGGGCUUCUUAAUUGGGUGGGCGGGGCAAGCGCUGGGCCUGGGGCCCUGGGGGGCUCUGGGGCUGCGGGCGCUGGGGGCGGCGGCGCUGGGGCUGGGGGCAAUGAGGCUGCUGGUGCCCCUUCUGCCACCCCCGUGACACGCCUGGCACACCUGGGCACACCUGGGCACACCUGGGGGCAGAAAAACAGCGAAAAUUUGGGGAAAAUCGGUGAAAAUUUGGCGAAAAUAGGAGGAAAUUUGGGGAUUUUGCACACCUGGGCACACCUGGGGGCAAUGAGGCUGCUGGUGCCCCUGCUGCCACCCCCCUGAGGGCACCUGGCACACCUGGGCACACCUGGGCACACCUGGGCACACCUGGGGGCAGAAAAACAGCGAAAAUUUGGGGAAAAUCGGUGAAAAUUUGGCGAAAAUCGGUGAAAAUUUGAGGAAAAUUGGAGGAUUUGGGUGGGAAAGGGGCGUGGCCCAGGUAUGCAAAUGAUCCCCAUGUGUGCAAUGGGCGUGGCCAAAAUAUGCAAAGGGUGUGGCCCAGGUAUGUAAAUGAGCCCCGGGUGUGAAAUGGGCGUGGCCCAGGUAUGCAAAUGAGCCCCAGGCGUGCAAUGGGCGUGGCCGAAAUGUGAAGUGGGCGUGGCCCUGGUAUGGAAAUGAGCCCCGGUUAUGAAGUGGGCGUGGCCCGGUGUGUGCGGUGGGCGUGGUCUGGGUAUGUAAAUGAUCUCCAGGUGUGCGAUUGGCUCCCAGGUGUGAAGUGGGCGUGGCCAUGGUAUGCAAAUGACCCCCAGGUGUGUGAAUGGGGCCCAAGUGUGAAGUGGGCGUGGCUCAGGAGUGAAGUGGGCGUGGCCUGUGUAUGCAAAUGGCCCCCAAGUGUGCAGUGGGCGUGACCCAGGUAUGCAAAUGAUCCUCAGAUGUGAGUGGGCGUGGCCUAGGUAUGCAAAUUGUUCCCCGGCAUCUGAUUGGCUCCCAGGUGUGAAAUGGGCGUGGCCCAGGUAUGCAAAUGAGCCCCAGGCGGGGGAGUGGGCGUGGCCCGGGUAUGCAAAUGUGGCCCCUCCCACUGCCCCGCCCCCAGCAAUAAACGCACCUGGACACA